AAGAACAUCACUUCCUGUUUAAAAAUGGCUGCACCCAUACUAAUGUCACAUUAGACAAUAGAAGUGCUCUUUUCUGUAAUGUUGAAAACGUGUUCGAUCUCUUACGUAUUCGUUUAACCUCUUUUGCAGAGUAUACCUAAACAUGGUCCAUCUAUCAUCCUUCCUACUGAAGACGUACCAUGGAGGACACAUUGUCAUCAGAUUGGCAAUGGCUGGCCACAAACAGUCUAACAGACCUUUCUACCGCAUUGUGGCAGCUUACAACAAGCGAGCACGAGACAGUAAAUACAUAGAACAGCUAGGCUCUUAUGACCCCCUGCCAAACAUCUACAAUGAGAAACUGGUCAGCAUCAACUCUGACAGGAUCAAGUACUGGAUGGGCUGUGGUGCACAUUCAACGAAGCCUGUGGCCAAACUUCUAGGACUGGCUGGGUUCUUCCCCCUGCAUCCCAUGACGGUGACAGAAACAGAGCGUCACAGGGCCCUGGCAGAACUAGCAGAGGAAGCAGCUCCAGAGGAUGGAGUUAAGCAGCAGCAACUAUGAUAGCUGGAGCAUGGGGGACUGUCAAGCAUAGCAGGGUGUGGUUACUGUACACAAAGGACAGCUAGAAAUGACAUUCUCCUCCCAAAAGGUUAACUGUUUCCAGUGAAAGCCUUUGUGAACUAUGAAUAUUCAUAAGCAGUGCUUAACAGAACAACUUAUGAAGGCUUCAUAUAGCAUACAUAAAGUCGUCAUAAGCACAACAUAAAGUCUUCAGAUAUAAUUUAAGUGUAUGUCAUACUCUAUAAAUGAUGUAUAAAAGGAUGUCAUAACCAGGCUGAUGAAACUAAUGUGGAUGAGGCCCCUGUGGGACAGUCAUUUAACCUUUUGAGGUCCCAUUUUAAAUGAAAGAAUAACAUGUCGUACAUAAAGUCUUCAUAUAUAUUCUAAGUGUAUGUCAUACUCUAUAAAGGAUGUCAUAACCAGGCACAAUGUAGGGUGAAUUGCCAAAUGUCACAUACCUCAUUGUGUAUGUUUAUGCACCAUUUAUAGAGCAUGACAUAGAGGAUUUGUGAAGAAUUUAUGUUGUGUGCAAAUGAAACAUUUAUGUAUGUAUAAGUUGUACUGUAUUUAAAAUGUGACCCUGUUGGAUGGUGGACACAAUAUUUAAGUCCGUCAAACAUAGGAGAGUAAUGACAUACAGUGCCUUAAAGUAUUCAUACUCCUGGACUUACUCAACAUUUUGUGUUAGUCUGAAUAAAAAAUGGAUUAAAUAGA